UUAUAUAAACCUUAGGUAAUGUGUAUCUAACUAAGAUAUCAAAGUGACUUACUAAAAGCUGAGACUAGUAAUGGAUGGUAUUGUGGUUCAGCUUCAGAAGCAACUUUUAGAUUAUAUUUCUUCCUUAUUUCAUGAGGGAUUUCUAGAUGAUCAAUUUAACCAACUUGAACAACUUCAAGAUGAAAGCCACCCAAAUUUUGUUGUUGAAGUGGUUACUCUCUUUUUUGAUGAUGCAGAGAGGCUUCUUAAUGAGCUUACUACAACACUAGGCCAACAAAAUAUUGAUUUUAAAAGGUUGGAUGCUCAUGUUCACCAAUUGAAGGGUAGCAGCUCCAGCAUUGGUGCAGAAAGAGUUCAUAAAGCCUGCAUUUCCUUCCGCAACUUUUCCACGGAGCAAAACAUUGAAGGGUGUUUGAAAAGCUUGCAACAAGUAAAACAUGAGUAUUCCUUGGUGAAAAACAAGCUUGAGACUCUCUUCAAGAUGGAGCAGCAGAUUUUGGCAUUACGAGGAUCAGGUUAAUUUCAAGGUAGUGUGAUUAUAAGAGGCAGUGAUGUUUGUUGCAAUUGUGAUAUGCAAACAAAACCACCAUCUAUGUGUUGUGUUGUGUUUUAAAGUUGUUUAUGAUUUUGUCAUGUGGAUCUUGGUCUUUAAAUUGGAUUUUAUCAUUUAAAGCCAGAGUUGAUCCAUAUUUGGUCCAAAAUCAAUGUGAAUAACGCAUGUUUCUGUGGUUUACAAAUUACAGAUAAAAUGUGCAAUAUUAACUAACUGUCUUUAUCUUUGCUAACUAAUUAA